AGGAGUGGGCCAAAAUCCCUGUGUGCAAACCUGGUGAAAAACUAAAGGAAACAUUUGAUCUGUAGAAUCACUAACAAAAGCUUCUGUACCAAAUAUUAACAUUGAUUUCUAAGGUGUUCAAACACUUAUUCGCAGCCGUAGCAUCCAAAUACAUUAUUUUUUAUUUUACUUAUUGUGUUUCUCACGGUGGACAUGCACCAAAGAUAAAAAUGUCAGACUAUUGCACGAUUUUGAAGUGGAAGAACUUGCAUUAAGCCACAGGGUGUUCAGAUACUUCACUCCCUAAAAUUAACUUUUACUUUGAAAAGCAACGGUCAGGAGCUGUUUCUGGUUUGUGUGGCACUUCACUACAGUCUUUCCUCAGAGGGAACUCAAUGGAGUGAUCUGAGUUAAAAAAAAAGGAGGGCGGGAUCGAGGGGAGGGGAAUAAAAACCUCAGCAGUCAGAAGCUCUGGAGGUGUGGAAAUAGAGAGGACGCUCACAUGUGGGGGGAACUGAAGCGAUCCCUGCUCCUCAGGGGAUUGCACUGAAGUUUUGAAGCAAAAGUUGAGGAGAAAAGAGGAAAAUAUGUGAUUUUUAUUUUUUUAUUUAUUCUUGACCUUUUAUUUUUAAAAAAGUGAGCAUGGAGAAGCUUUGGAGCAGCUGGAGGGGGCAGACGGUGAGGUGGAAGUGGCUGAGGAGCUCCUUGCUCCUGUCGUUAUUCACUGGCGGCAGUGACGCCCAAUGUGAAGGUUGCAUUGAAUACUGCUGUGACGGAUCUCCUCCUUUCUGCUGCUCCUACUACGCCUACGUGGGGGACGUCCUCUCGGGCACCGCCAUCUCCGGCAUCGUGUUUGGCGUGGUGUUUCUGAUGGGGGCGGUGGCCGCCUUGUUCCUGUGCAUGUGCAUGUGCAUGAAGAAUGGACGUGGCGCUCGGGUCGGCGUCUUCAACACCUCUUACAUCAACACUGUGACACAGGGAUACCCAGGUCCUCCACCUCCAUACACCUGCGACUACGAGAUGUACCCACCAUCACUGCGCCCCCCACCCUACACCCCAGCACAGCCUCAGCCGGGCAACUGCUCUCCGCCGCCCCCUUAUCCCGGCUGCAAGUGAAUCCCCCUCAAGUGUGGAUGGAGCAUCUGGGACCUGCAGACAAUCCGUGCCACCCUCCCAAAACACUUCAGUGCCACUGCAUUCCUGCUGCUACCGAAAUGAGCAUACGUGUGCGACAAAAAUGUGGGUCAGGACGGCUGAAGAACAGGACAUCACGUCUGAUAGAAUUAACCAGCCUGGCUGGCCUGCAGCUGGUACUUUGUGCUCACUAAUACCCUUAUGUGGCCCGUCUGUGCACCACUCUGAAGGUGAAAAUUACUUUUGUCAGGAGGAAAAAAUCUCUGCGAGAAUCUUAAGGAGAAUUUAUUUUUCUAAAUAAAGGAAGGCACAUUAGAUUAAAGCCAUUUUAAACAGGUCAAAAAUGGUGUGCUAACUUAAAAAGACUGGAAUCAUGUUACAGAACUGCCUUAAACGAAAUGUGAUUUUAGAAGUAAACUGGGUCAGCGCAGUUUUAUUUUAUCUUUAUUCAAAUGUUUGACCUUACUGUGUGUAAACUGUGAAUUUCUGGGGGCUAACUGUAGAAAAAUGUUAUAAAUGUAGUGUCAAUGUUUUGUACUAUUUUUUUUAUUAUUUUACAUUUUUUUCUUGCUUGGACCAAUAAAAGAUAA